CCGGAAGCUAAUUGAGAAACAAGAUGGCUGCACCGGUCGCUGGUGUUGGACGCCUGGAGGAGGAGGCGCUGCGGCGGAAGGAGAGGCUCAAGGCGCUUAGAGAAAAGACCGGGCGCAAGACUAAGGAAGAUGAGGAACCAAAAAGUAAACAGUUCAAAGAAGAGGAAGAAGGAGGAGAGAAACACAGGGAACUCAAAUUGCGGAACUAUGUCCCUGAGGAUGAGGAGCUAAAGAAGAGGAAGGUGCCUCAGGCCAAACCAGCCUCAGUGGAAGAGAAAGUAAAAGACCAACUGGAAGCAGCAAAGCCUGAGCCCAUUAUUGAGGAAGUGGAUUUGGCCAACCUUGCCCCCAGAAAGCCAGAUUGGGACCUAAAGAGAGAUGUGGCUAAGAAGCUGGAAAAGCUAGAGAAGAGGACACAGAGAGCCAUUGCAGAGCUAAUCCGAGAAAGACUUAGAGGCCAAGAAGAUGACUUGGAACCUCCAAAGCCAGAAGAGAGUGACUCAGAUUAAAACAGUUUCUCCUCAGCCCUUGGCCACGCAAGACAGCCGUGUGGACCGAACCUUCUAGGCCAGGGACAAGGGCCCACCCUCCAGUAUGGUACUCCUUUUAAUGCCCAUCUGAGUACAUUUUAGAUGUGUGGCUUGAAUAUGUCUGGUCUAUGAAUACUAUAAUCUAAACUGAAAAAAAAAAAAAAGCCUUAAUAUGAUGCAGCAGUAAGAGCUUCUCUGUUGUUAUCACCAUGUUGACAUUUUCCACCAGUUCACAUGAUGGCAUAUUCCAUUUUUAUGUUACUUUAAAAAAAAACAAACCAAAACCAUUUCAGUUUAUUAUUUAUUUUUAAUAUUCUUUUUAAAUUUUGAGUUCCAAAUCUCUCCCUCCCUUCCACACCCACUGAGAAGGCAAGCAAUGAUACCAAUUAUACAUGUGAAAUCAUGCAAAACAUAUUUCCAUAGUAGCCAUAUUUUUUAAGUAAAAAAAAUAAAGUGAGAAAAGUGUAUUUCACUUAGCAUUCAGAGUUCCAUGAUGGCUUAUUCCAAAUAGUUUGCUGACAGCAAGAAGCUUCUGUGAUAAAAUAUCAGCCAAGUUGAACAAAUGCUGGCCAGUUGGCAAACUGAUUCUGGACAGGUAGGGGGUGAUGGCAAGGCAGGAAGCAACGUUGCUGUGUAUAAUAUGUGUAUAUGUAUAGAUGUAUAUAUUUUGGACUUUUUCAAUUUUUUAGAAAUAAAGACAGACCCAAGUGUA